AUGUUGGCCUCCAACGAGUCGCUGACCAGUCUAAACUCCGCGACUGCACAUCGUAAAAGCGAUCGGAUCAAAUAUUUUGAAGCAAAGAUUGCGGAAUUGGGCGUCCUUUUACGUCAAAAGGAUGUCUCAAUCGAGACCUCCAACAAAGAAAUUGAUAGACUUAGAAGCGAACUCCUGCGGGCAAACUCUCGCACGGGAAGUCUGGGCGGAGCCAAAUCUGAUCACACUGACGAGGCUCCCGAAUCUGUUGAGUCACGUUUAGAUUUGGGCAGCAUGCUGUCAAAGGCUGAAGCUAAUCUCGCCGCGGUGGAUCGACUUUCAGAAGAGGUUAUCGCACAAAAAGAUGAGCAGCAUCGUAAGGCAAUUCAGGAAUUGGAAUGCGCGAAAAACAAUCUUGUCAGCUUGGAGGAAGAGGUGAGAACUUUGCGUGCCCAGUUGGCAGAAAAAGUUGCAGAGAUUGAAGAUCUCUCUCUCCAGCUGACUCAGUUAUCCAAGGAAAUGGAGGCUAAAAAUGUGGCCUUGGAAAAUGCGGAAGAACUCCGCUUAAAAUUGCUCGAUGACCAGUCUGUUAAAACCAAGGCAUUGCGCGAACUCGAAGCUGAAAACGAUGCGACAGAAAUGAAAGUUAAGGAACUCACUACCGAAUUAAACCAGAUGAAGGGGGCUCUGAGUCGACAGAAGCACGAGGCUGUGGAAGCGUUGGAUCGGGCGAGGGUAGCGCAGGCGGAGGCGGAGAAGGCAAACCUUCAGGCAAGGAAUGCGUCCGUGCGUGCGAGCGAACGCGAAGCCGAUUUGAAGGAUCGCGUGCGUCUACUGGAAGAACGCCUUGUCAUCCUCACCGAACCCGACGCCGGGCUUUUCACCGAACAAAUGGAGGAUGCUAAACUCACCUCUGGUCCUAUCCCAAGUCCCGACGCACCCGAGACCGCUUCUGCGCGAUGUGUCACUCUUCUUGUUGAACGUAAGCUGCUAGAGACUCGGUUGGCGGAAACACGAAAGCACCUGGAGGAAGUCAAGUCGAACUUGGGCGAAAAACUCGCCGAUCUUGAAUCUCAAAUCACUAAUCUAAAUGAUAAGAUCGCUGGGGACUCUGCCAAGCACGCCUCUGAGAAGGCUGAAUGGGAAAGUCAGCGGCAAAAGCUUGAUUCAGAAUUUUCAUUGGCCCGUCUAAUCGAGGCAAGUGAAGAGGUUGUCUUAUUUUCGACAGCUUGUGGCUAUUAUCGGUGUCUUUGUCUUUUUCCUCCCUUCCGUACGACUCAGUUGACAGAGGUGCGUGGCAAGCAGGCAGAGGCAGACGCUGCGCUAUAUCGGGCGGAGUUGGAUCGGACGGCGCGCGAGUUGGCGUGGGAGGAGCAGCGUCGAGAGUGGGAGCUAACUCACACCUCGCUGAAGGCCGAGAUUGCAGCAUUGCAGCAAACCGCGCAAACUGAGUGUCGCACGCAUGCCGAGGUCCUCCAGUUUUCGCAAGAGCUUCAGUCACGGAUAUCGGAUUUGGCGAAGGACAUUGAAAAUGGUGUUAAGGAAGCUGACUCACUAAAGCGUGAAAAAGAAGAAUUGAAGGUUACGAAGCUGGAGCAGGAAUUGCGAGAGCUAAGCGAAACGAAUGCCUACCUAAGGACAGAGAUGGACAGACUUACUAAAACCCAGGAGCACGCAAGAGAGACUGAGGUUGCCCAAGGGAUCGCAUUGAAGGAGGAAUUGGCCAGAACUGAAGCGGAGCUGCUGGCAUCGACUAAGCGAAUCGACGAUGCCCAAAAAGCAGCUAACGCAGCCGAGGUCAAGUGCCAGCAGCUGCAGUCAGAACGAGAUGUUCUUCACGCCAAAAUGGCAGAAAUGGAGAAGGGUUUUCAGAGUAGGCUUGCAGAGCUUGAGGCGAAGCGAGAGGAAGUUGAGACAGUUCAAACCUCUGCGGAGGUUGCGUCCUUGAAGGAAUCAAUAAACGAAUUGAAUGAGGUAAUUUUGGAUCGCAACAAAACUAUUCGGCUGCAGAAGCAGAAGCUGUCGGAGCUGAAAAAGGCUCUUGGUCAGGGAUUGAGACCGGUGACAGUGUCAAAUCUCUCCCUCAUUUCCACUGAUGAGGAGGCCCACAAUCAUCAGCAGCCUUCUUUUGUCAGUGGUACGGCAGGAUCAGUAGCCCUAGGAGGGCCCUCGGCCGUGGAUGUGACAUUACCGCCGCUGUUCGCGACCAGCCGGCAGGUGCCACCUGCCAGUCCUCCCGCUAUCCUACCAGCGAUGGAGACGACACAGAGCCUUGAUUCGCACUGCGCUUCCACCGUGUUGUCCACCUCUUCACCGGGGGCGGUAUUAACGACCAACUCCCAUUAUGAUACCGACCCCGUCAACUUCGAAUACAUGAGACACGUUCUCCUCAAGUUCUUCCUCAGUCACGACUCAGAGGCCCUGCAAUUGGUGCGCGCGGUGGCGACGGUCCUGAAGUUGUCGAGGAAGGAUGAGUUUCUGAUACGGCAGAGGCUGGAAGAGCGUCGCUCCUGGUUUGCCACGCCCGUGAUCUCACCGGAGAGCAGUGGGCAGUUUGCCAAAAUGGUCUCCCACUGA